AACCAUGGCAACUAAAGACUUUUUGGAAGGUCUGGGUUUGCUCAGAGCAAAAGACGUGGCUGCCAGACUCGACUUGAGCCAAUUCUUCAUUGGUAUCUUGAGCGUUGGUCUGGUGCUAUUGCUCGCCGACUAUGCAUAUAUGUUGUAUAUGCAUAGGAAGCUGGUANNGCCACCUGGACCUAUACCAUUGCCGUUGAUAGGAAACACCUACCUUCUCCCCGAGAACAAACCAUGGAUAUAUUUCGAAGAGCUGGCGAAGAAGUACCAGAGUCCAGUUAUCACNUUUUGGAUCGGCCGUAAUUCUACGAUCUGGAUCAACGAUGCUUGGGCGGCUUCCGAACUUCUGGAUAGGAAAGCAGCACUGUAUGCUUCACGACCAAGAAUGCUUGUGUUCGCCGAGCUUAGUGGUGUUGGACAGUACAAUCUUGUUAACAUGCAUUAUGGAGAUCGCUGGCGAGUGCAUCGAAAGCUGACUCAUCAAGGUGUCGGUCUGCAGCAAGUGCGCAAAUAUCGAGAUUUCCAAAACAACGAGAGUAGAGUGAUGGCAUACGAUAUGUUGCGCGACCCAGAACGCUACGUCAGUCACAUGGAGCGAUACGCUACCUCAGUAGUAUCGAUUAUUGGCUUUGGCAGACGAGUUGGCAAGCUGUCGGACCCACUGAUAACACAAGUACUCGCGAUCAUGCAGCGAGCUGCUGAGCUCAACGUUCCGGGCAAAAGCUUCCCAAUGAUCAUGGAGACAUUUCCUUGGCUGGCAAAAUUCCCGAAGCGCAUUGCUCCUUGGUUGAAACCAUUUGGCAAUGGUGGUAGGGGCAGCGCCUUCUACUAUGCGCUUGCAGAUGAGGCCAACAACACCUCGCAAGAGGAGCCUUGUUAUGUGAAGCAAUUAUUUAAGGAAGCGCCGAAGUACAAUCUCAGUCAGACCGAAAUCGCUUCACUCACAGGCAAUCUGUUUGGAGCAGGAAGCGAUACCUCGAGCUCGACCCUUGUCACAUUUGCCUUGGCGUGUUGUGCCUUUCCUGAAAUACUUCCUGCUGCUUGGGAAGAACUUGAUCGAGUGGUGGGCCCCCACCGCAGUCCAGACUGGGAUGACGAAGUCCACCUGCCAUAUGUCAAGGCCUUUGUGAAGGAAGUUUUCAGAUGGAGGUCUGUGGCAAUUAUCGGAGGUCAACCUCACUCUCCCACUGAUGACGAUUAUUGGAACGGAUACCUCAUUCCGAAGAAUUCUUGGGUGCAAGGCAAUACG